AUGCGAAAAACGUUAACCACAGCGGAGAUGACGCAGAUAUUUCAUCAGUUGGAUCAAAAUAAUGAGGAAUGUGUUUCACGGGAAGCUUUGGAAAAAUCUCUGUCUGAUAGUGGCUUGAGCCAGAAAACAGUAAACCAACUGAUGCGAGAUGUGGACAUCAAUAACAACGGAACCGUUACUUGGAACGAAUAUGAAUUAGCUCUGGGUCUGACAGAUACACCUUUGUCCGAAUGGCGCAGAAUCUUCGCCAACCUUGAUGUGGAUCGUUCGGGUACAAUUAAUGCGUCGGAACUGCGAGCUAUGAUGGGUGAUCUUGGUCUCAGCUCAAGCACUUCCGUGUUGGAACUAUGGAUGGAAGAGCAUGAUACAAACGGAGAUGGGGUUUUCAGCUGCGAGGAUUUUCUUGGUUUUGUUGCGGAAAAUAUGUGA